UCUCUUCUGCUUCUCGCAGUUGUGUCACUCACCAGACCGUCACCUUGUGUUGUAAAGUUGUCAAUGGUAGCCUCGGCAGGUAGACGUCCAUUGCAAUGGAGUUAUUUGAAACGUUGAAAAAAGUGACGCUGGAUUCCUAUCGCAUUCAUCACUUGGUUGCAAUAUUUAGCUUGGUCUAUGUAAUUCUUAAAAUCUCUAAACUUAUUGUCAAACGGAAUGAAUGGAUUCGGGCGCUCGAGACAUUCCCAGGACCACCAAAACACUGGCUUUUCGGUCAUGUCCGAGAGUUUAAAGAAGAUGGGACCGAUAUGUAUAAGGUUGUCAAAUGGGGAGAGUCGUACCCCCUUGCAUUUCAAAUGUGGUUUGGUCCAUUUGUGUCCUUCCUCAAUAUUCACCACCCAGAUUAUGUCAAAACCAUCCUGGCAUCAACAGAGCCCAAAGAUGACUUUUUAUAUAGAUUUCUAAUUCCAUGGAUAGGGGAUGGUUUACUGGUGUCUGAAGGUCAGAAAUGGUUCCGCCACAGAAGACUGUUGACCCCUGGCUUCCAUUACGAUGUUUUAAAGCCCUAUGUCAAACUGAUGGCUGAUUCUGCCAAAACUAUGCUGGACAAAUGGGAGACUCACUCAAAAUCCGACGAGUCAUUUGAGUUAUUUGAGCAUGUGAGCCUCAUGACACUGGACAGCAUUAUGAAGUGUGCCUUCAGCUCCAACACUAACUGCCAGACAGUGCAAAGAAGUGGAACCAACACGUACAUCAAGGCUGUGUACGAGCUCAGUGAUCUGGUGAAUGUCCGCUUCCGGAUCUUUCCCUACCACAGCGAGUGGAUCUUCCAACUUAGCCCACAUGGGUACAAAUACAGGAAAGCAUGCAAUGUUGCACACAGUCAUACAGAGGAAAUCAUACGAAAGCGAAAAGAAGCCUUGAAGGACGAAAAGGAACUGGGCAGGAUACAGGCUAAGAGAAACCUGGACUUUCUGGAUAUCCUGCUCUGCGCACGAGACGAGGACCAACAGGGCCUGUCGGAUGAGGCUAUCCGAGCGGAGGUGGACACAUUCAUGUUCGAAGGCCACGACACCACAGCCAGUGGGAUCUCCUGGACCCUGUACAGCCUGGCCUGCAACCCGGAGCACCAGCAAAUCUGCAGGGACGAGGUCAUCAGCGCCCUGGAGGGGAGGGACACCAUGGAAUGGGAAGAUCUCAGUAAAAUACCGUACACAACCAUGUGCAUAAAGGAAUCCCUCCGCCUCUACCCUCCUGUACCUGGGAUAUCCAGGAAGAUAACCAAACCCAUUACGUUCUUCGAUGGGAGGACUGUGCCUGAAGGUUGUCUUGUUGGAACCAGCAUUUUUGGCAUUCAUAGGAACGCGACCGUUUGGGAGGAUCCUAACGCAUUCGACCCACUCCGAUUUCUGCCCGAGAACUCUGCAAAAAGAUCACCCCAUGCCUUUGUCCCCUUCUCUGCCGGCCCGAGAAACUGCAUUGGGCAGAACUUUGCCAUGAAUGAGAUGAAAGUGGUGGUGGCACAGACACUCAAGCGAUAUCAGCUGACCGAGGACCCAAUGAAGAAACCAAAAAUGAUUCCAAGACUGGUGCUCCGCUCACUCAAUGGGAUCCAUCUGAAAAUCAAACCUGUCAAUCUUGAACCAUAAGGAAUGUAUAGUUGCACUUGUCUUAUCCGGCAUAGGCUACUGUUUUAUGGAAUGCUCAUAUUAUUAUUUUUUAACACGCCAAUUCGCCAGGAAAUGGGAAAUAAAACAAAUGUUAGAUUUAAGGAAUAUUUUUCAAAUAUUAACUUCUCAAAGCUGUAUUCAGAAUUUAAAUUUAAAUAUCCAUGUAAGGAGAACUUUAUAGAAUGUCUUCUACAAAGAUGAAAAACACUCAUUUAUGUUACUAAUAUAUUUUGCCAGCAACUAACUGCCUAAAUGUUGUUUGUUUUUUCCUUUUGACAUAUAGCCUAUGGUAAGUCAAUGUCCCUUUGAAAAGGAAUAGGCAAAGAAUUGAGAUUAAUGUUAUUCUCAGUAUUUCAAAUAAACGUGUGGCACAAUCCAUUCAUUUGCAUUCUCUUAAAGGGACAGAGUGUACCUCUGUCCCUUUAAGUACAAUAAGAGGUUCUUAUAACAUGGUUUCUCUUUGUUGUUGCCUAUAUGGCUUACCUCGCAAGUUUGUAUGGUGUUUCCAGCACGCUACCUCAACUUUAAACACUUCUUCCCUCGCUGUCACUUGAAUCUACAUAGCGUAAUAUUUGUUUCCUUACCCUGUAAGCAGGUGUGACAACAAUCCAUGCUCUAGUUUAGUUUGCCUGGCAGUUUCCACACGCGGUCCCAUUCAAGUCAUGGGACUGAUAUCAGCAUUUUUCACACGUUCAAAUAAUCGAGAAGUGAGCUUGAGCUUCACGAUACUUUUGGAUGACUUGGACAUGAAGCACAAAAAAAUUGAAUAUCAGUUCCAUGAAUGGGAUUUGUGCCACAAAUGCUAAAAUGGUGCCAGAGAAACUCAACCGAAGCAGAAAUUGCUGUCAUACCUUAGACUCCAUAGACUGCUUACAGGGUAAUGAAACCAAUGUCAUUUUGUAAUUGAGUAAACUAUCCGUUUUACAAUACUUAUCAUUUUGUAUGGUAAAUCCUACCAUGUGGUGAAAUGAAUGUGUUCCUUCCUUGUCGUGGUGAUUUGGGGAACAAAACUGAAAAACAGAUGGUCGGAAAUGCAUGGUGCCACAUCAGGGGCCUGUGCAGGAGGAUGUAACGUUGCAGAACGUUCAGAUAGAAAUGUGUUGUGUAGAACAGAAAUGGUCUGAAUAGGGAAUCGUGCCAGCUCUAUCCAGUCUAUUUCUGUCUGCAAUAAUGUGUUUUCCAAUCCCUAAACACACCCAAGAUGCUAUGGUACAGGGUUGGGUCGAUUCCAGUCAAUUCAGGAUGUACACUGAAAUUCCAAUUCUCUUCAAUUAGGAAUUUGGUUUACUUUCUGAAUUGACCCCAAACCUGCUACGGUGUCACAUGAGUAUGUAAAGAAGUCUUAACCACCACCCAACAGUUAGCAUCCAUACCACUGGGUGAAGGGUCACACUAUGGGCAUCUGCCAGUUGAUGGAUUGAGAAACACUAGGUGCGGUUUCGGCUGGCCUUCAACACAUAACCGACAGACUGGCAUGCUCUGGCCAACACUGAUGACUGUGUUCAAAGUCCUCACAAAUGAGUCUGCCUGGUCUAUGUCUAUGGAAUAUUCUGGAAUAGGUUUAACACUUGGCAUUCAUUCAUGCAACGUGCUGGUAGAUACUGGUAUUUAAUACUAAAGAUGGCUACUAUCCUUGGAAUUAAAAAUUAACUGACAAAAUCCCAAUUGAAUCAUGGUGUUUGAAGAUAUAGGCCUACUACCAUGUAAAAACGACACUUCUGUAAACCGCACAAAAAAAAUAAAUGUUUGUGACAAAAUUCAGUUUUUAUUUACAGUGGAUUAUGUGAAUAAAAAAAUCCAACAUCAUCCGAAAGUGGGACAAAAGGUC